AUGGAAGACGAUCAGAUCAUGUAUGCCCAAAAAGAUCGGUAAGCACAGAGAAUUAUUACUUCCUUACCUGAAAAUAAAGACCCUGGUAUUAAAUUCCUACCAAAGUUAUUGGAGAAAAGUUAACCAAAAGUUAAACUAGUUCGUUAAGGUGGCUCGCUACAGUUUAUAGAAAUGUUGAAAAUGCGUAAACUAGUUCACCUUUUUGAAGAGAUGAUGCUCUUUACAAAUCGAAAUUUGUAUAUUAUAUAUACAGCGACAAUCAAAUAGUCGAAAAUUGCUCAGAAAAGUGACGUCACCACUGUUGCUAUGGCAACAAUGACGAUUCAAGAUGGCCGAUAUUUUCGCUUUGAACGCAUUUUACUUUAAAAAAAGGUCGGUUACCCCCAUUUUUUAUUUCAGAAAACAUUUUCUUAUAGUACAAUACACUAUCUGACCAAUUUUAAAAAAAUUCUGUAAUGCCAAAUUUUUUAAAAAUUUAUAAACAUUGUUUUUCGAAAUAAUUUUUUUUUUGCAUUACAGAAUUUUUUUAAAAUUGGUCAGAUAGUACAUUGCACUAUAAGAAAAUGUUUUCUGAAAUAAGAAAUUGGAGUAACCGACUUUUUUGUAAAGUAAAAUACGUUCAAAGCCAAAAUAUCGGCCAUCUUGAAUCGUCAUUGUUGCCAUAGCAACAAUGGUGACGUCACUUUUCAGACCAAUUUUCGACUGUUUGAUUGUCGCUGUAUAUAUAAUAUACAAAUUUCGAUUUGUAAAGAGCAUCAUCUCUUCAAAAAGGUGAUCUAGUUUACGCAUUUUCAACAUUUCUAUAAACUGUAGCGAGCCACCUUAAGUUAAUUUUUAACUAAAGUUAAAAAGUUUUUACAUUUUUUUUUAUCUUUUUUAGUUUUUACCUAAAGUUUUUUUUGACUCAGCACCUGUUAUUGUUCCAAUAGUGACCAACAUCAUAAACACAUCCUUCAAGACAUGUGUCUUUCCAAGUGAUUGGAAAUUUGCUGAAAUUUUUCCAAUUCUAAAAGAAGGAGACUACGAGCAGGCCAGUAACAACAGGCAAAUAUCCCUAGCUUUUGCCUCUUUUGUCGAAAGUGUGCGAGAAGGUUUCCUUAAACCAAUUAACACCUUAUUUAACAUCAAAACAAAGACUGGCAACAAACCAAAGUGGAGAUAG